AUGUCGGUUUGUUGUUGGGUUGAGUUGACGGGUAUUUUGUUUUAUAUUUUGAUUGUAAUGGCCCUGAUUGCGAAGAACAGUACAAUAUUUGCAAAGGUAAGUGUAGCCAUAUGAUUAAAAAUUUUAAAAGUUAAGAUUAUUCAAAGGUUGCUCGAGCAAUGCAAUUUUGAUGCUGAUCUUUCCAUUUCGCUUUAUACACCGAGGGAGAAUGUUUUUAAUACGUGGUAUAUCAUCUACAAACAAAUGUCUUACGUUUGAUGGUCAGGGUUAGCAGACAGGGGCACUUUUGAAGCCGUGCUUGUAUUGGUCGCUCGUUUGGCUUGGCUGUAAAAAACGGAAAUACAUAGGUGCUGAAAGAGUAGCUAGGAUUUUUCAGGGGGGGUCACAUAGUGUUACACCCCCAGGGUGUUUACCAGAUUGACAUGUUGACAUCCGUUCUGUGACUGAAAGAGAAAUUAUUUCUCAGAUAAGCUGUUGCAUGGGGAGGGGAGUGGCAUGAAAUGAAGAACCAAAUAUUAUGUUGUUUAUAAAGACAAAAUUUUGACUCAUUCAAGAAUGACAGAUGAAAGAUCUUUGAUGCAACACUUUCAAACCAUGGUUAUUGCAAAACAUUUGCAUGUAAGAAGGCUGAAAUAUCAUCAUUGAGAGACAGGAUUCUAGUGAUUCUUCUCAUAAAGGCAGGGAAGUUAAAAGCACCUCUCAAUCCCCCAUAGGCGUACGGGAAUUUUUUUGCCAGGGGGGGCGGUAAACCAUUUGCCCAAAAACACCUCACAAGUUGCCCAAAUUUUUACGAAAGAGUCGAAAAGAAAUGAGGGCCAUAUUGCAACAACAUAGGCCGUCCUGACAUAUGAAGGUGGCUCGACACAGUUUUUAAUGGUCAAUACCAAGUCUGAGCAUAAACUACGUCGCCAUAAACAAACAUUUGGAAAAACUGCGACCAUCAGGGUCGCAAUGACAUCGGAGUUGUCAUAGCAAUGAAAUGACUUCAUUACCUAUUUUACUUCAGCAAUGAUUCUCGGGACGGGAACCUUACAAGCUUACGGUCGCCUGGAUGUUCGUGAAGUUUAAGCAAAACCUUAAGAGCGUUAUCGAGAUAUUUUGCAAUGAGGUUUUUAUUAUUAGAAAUUCGGUAGGAAAAGGAAAAUCUUCAUUUUUGGCCGUUAUCUGUAGAGUACGAAGCGCUUUUGACCUGCAAUUUCACCUCAUAGUAGUUUUAGUCUUUUUAAAAACAUGUGUGAAAGAUCGUGGAAAUGGCUCUGCUUGAUUGCUAGAAUCGAAAGAAGGAUUUGAUUAGUAUGUACCGAGACAUUCUUGUUAGCAGUUUUGUAAACAUUUCGGUCUACUUUAACAAAUAAGCGAAUUAUUUUAAACCACUCAAUAGAUUUUUUAAACGAAUUAAGAUUCUUCUCGUAAUUCAAACUGAGAAUUAGUCAGCCACUUCUUAAUUUUCAUACCCAUUGUAGCCCUACGUAGCAAGCGUUUCCAGUCGAACUCGCAGGAAAACGCUUGCUAUGCAGGCAAUACCCAUUGCUAAAUGCUAUCUGCCAUACACUGUUCGAUCGGGUGGAGAUGAUUCUAGAAAGUUAUGCGAAAGUUUAUUUUAAUCAAUUCUCGACUUGAAAUAGCCCAUUCCAGCUAGUGCAGUGCAGUAUAGUGCCCAACCAAAAAAAACUGCAAAUAUGUAAAUUACUCAUCACAUGCUAAGCAACCACUGUAAUGUAACUGGAUUAUUACGCCGACUUCAGGUUAAUAUUCAGGUCUUUAAAAUAACUAAAUAAAAUGGAGACGUCCUUAAAAACUGGCUUUGCCCAAAUUUUCUCUCGCUGCCCAAAAAAUCUGAGUUGCCCAAAAUUUGGGGGGGCUGCAGCCCCCCUCGCCCCCCUCGCCCCCCCGGCCCGUACGCCUAUGCAAUCCCCCUUCCUAUGUUGCUGGAUGCAUCUCAGAGGGGUGGGGGUGCACUGCUGGGCUUUCUCUACCCCUACACUAACCUGGGAAAUCUGGAUCAUGUGUAAUUUGUGCACCCCUCGACCAAUAUAUCAGUCGACAUAUCGACCACCACUCGACCGAUAUAUCGGUCGAUAUGCAACCAACACUGGACUGAUAUCUCGAUCGACAUAUCGACCGACACUGGGCCGAUACAUUGACCAAGAUAUGUAUAAGAGUUGAAUUGGGGAUGCAGAUGUAGGAAGUUAACCAUUAAUAACAAAGCUUAAACUUUGGGGAUCUGCUUAUUUUAAGGUAUGUGGAAAAGGGAUUAUGAUAGUGGAAAUUGGUGUCAAGCCUGCAAGGAUUAAUAAAGCCAACAGUUACAGAUGGUUCACUGACGAACACUUUUCUGUAAGUACAGGUAGUUCAUCUUAUUACUAAUUCAAGGUCUAUUUCAAAUUGUUGAUCCUAAUAACAAAUGAUGUAAAUUAAUGACUAGUAUAUAGGAAGCAUACAGGGCUGUGAUGGAGCUAGCAGUGCCCAGUGUCCCUUGCGCCUUUCUUUUGCUCUUGGGCGACUAGGAAAUCUUAGUUUUCUUCAUGAAAAUCAUAUGCUGGGCCCUCUGGCUUUUACAGGUUCAGAAUGCUGGGCUUCCUUCAUUUUUCCUUAGAGCGCAGCUUUGGCAUGAGAAAGAUGAAAUACUUCACACACUUUCUAAAUCUUUUUCCAUAGAGGCUAAUUUUGAAACUGGAGGAUGUUAUUCUAGCAAGAGUUUUAGCUCCACCAGAAACUAAUAAAGUAAAGAAAUCGGGGAAAAGCUUGGUCCGUGAUAAUGCUGAUAUUCUGCCCGGUAAGACAACGUCUUAAAUCUUUAAAGUUGAGUUGUAGGGCCACUUUGUUCCUUGAUAGCCAAUCAGUCUGUGAAAGUCUAUUCAAGUUUCCACUUUUAACAGAAGUGCAACUACAAUGUAUUUUACAAUCUUUCCAUCUUCAGAAUACCAAGAAACAACUGCAACUAAUGAUUAGAGGAGGACAUGUAUCUGAGAUCUCCUGAUUGCAAUUUCCAAUGUUCUAACUUCCUGAUCUUGUUCCCCCAUCUACUGUUACCAUUUUAUUUUUCAGCACCUGCGGUGUUAUACAGUCAGUUCGUAAAUAUGCUGAGGUCUUUAUGAGCCCAGCUUCAAACUCACCCACCAAGCAAGGGAAAGUCAUGUCUUUGUGUGUGGUUACAGUUACAACUGUAUUGUUGUAAUAAUAAAUAAUGUAGUAACCCACUCCUGGGAAAAUGUAAUCACUAGAGUCUGAACUCUAAAAUGUUUAAAACAUGGAUUAAGAUCCCUCAUCCACUAGAGAAUGUAGACUGAUACAACAUUUCUUCUAAAGUUAUUUAACAUUAUCUUUGCUCCUUCAAUGAUGUUUUACUCAUUUCACCAUAGAUCCUGAGCUUCUUAUACAAUAUUAUUUUGUGAGAAGAAGGCAAUCUAAACAGAUUGCUUUGUGUCUUUCAAAACAGGUGAGAACAAUAUUGACAUUAAUGGAACGUGGUCGUAAGUGGAGCACUCUAUUAUAUUUCCUGCAAUGCACAUACUCCUCAAAUGCUAUGAAUAAUUUAUGAUUUAAUAGAAAACAAAAGAAAUUAUUACCAUAAAGGAAUUUUGAGAUUGGAUAAUAAUAUUGUCAUAGAAUUUUUGGAACUUUGCCUAAAAUUCCUUCAAAAUCAUUGAUAAUUUGAGGAGCUGUAUGAAACGUUGUCUUUUACCAAAAUGUUCAGGAAUAUGUACCCUGAGAUCAGUCUAAAAAACAGAGUAGUCUAUGCUUCAGUGUCUCAACUUACAUCUUAGUGGCUGGAUAUCAGAUAAAACUCUCUGUCUUAUAAUGUUUGAUGUAUUAACAUCAAACAUAAGAAAGUGAGUGUAGAAAGAAGUGAGCUCUGAAAUCAGGUUACUGGUCAUUUGCUUUGUUUUGUUUUUGUUAAGGAAUCAUUUGCAUAAAAAUAAUUUCAAUACAUUCACAAAAGAUUCCGUAACAAAAACAAAACAAAGCAAUCCAGUAGUCUAUAAUUAUUAUAGAUUAAUGGAUUUCAAACUUUAGGCAUGUAUGUUAUAUUUGUUGCUGUUCAUUCUCUUAAAGAAAGCACUUUUGGAUGGUGGAAGGAAAAAUACACAAAAGGCUGAUUAUUCAGGUGAGAAUGCACCAAAUUUGAUUCUAGCCUUGGAAAAAUUCCCCACCCAUCUGGCGGAUCUGUUGGUCCCGCACAACAAGAUUUUCCUGUUGAGCAAGUAACUUUUCAUGUUUACUUGCCCAAUGGGCAAAGGUUCAGAUAAGUCAUGUUCUAAUCUAAGCUGAAAUUUCAAUUUUCUCCAAUCCCUGUAAUCCUUUCAAACUUACAAAUGAUGUUAACAUUACUGAUCUGUGUGUUAACUUGUCUCUUGUUAGGUGGUGGUUAUCAGUGUGUAAAUAUCUUUCCAGAGAAGAUUAAAGUAACUGUCAGCCAAAUUGAUUUGGAUCCCACCACAUCAGUACAAGGGGUAUGCAUACAAUCAGAGCUCAGUUUUAUGUACUGUUAUGUAAUGUAAUCUUUCAAAGAAAAGGAGAAACAGAAUAUUUCCUCUUAAUUGUCACCUGAUAAUAUUAUUAUAUCGGCAAGUACAAAGUUAAAGACUAAAAUAGAAAGUUUCAAGGACCAGGGGACCAUAAGAAUGAAGAGUUUGGCACCUCUAUAUUACCUCCAAGCCACUUUGAAUCCUUGAAUUUCAACUAUAUUCUUUCCUUCAGUUAAGUUUGUUGUAAUAAUUUAUGUAAAUAUUUCUAUCAUUUUUCUUGCUUCUUUUUACUUUCAAGUUGGCUCAAGAUAUUGCAAAAAAAGGACCAUCCAAAUCGAAAUCUUCCAUCAGUAAAUAUUUUGAAAAAGGCACUACUGAAAUGACACCUUCAACUCAGAAAGGGAGAGCUGCUCUUAAGAAUUUGUAAGUACAAUGUAUGUGUUAGGGCACUAUGCAAAAUGACGCUAGUGGCUAGAGAGUUGUUUACCGGUAAUUAAUUUUUUCCAGUGAAGUCAGGCACACAGUUUAGAACGAAAAGAGGAUAAUGGUUUUUUUGGUUGUAGAGAAGAGUUAACUUUUGUGUUGUGUAAAAAUAGAAACAAAACAAGGUGUUGAAGUGUAGAAUUGUCUACGUCUUUCCUCGGUCAUUAAUUUGUGAUCAAAAGGUCGUAAUUUAACAUUUUAACUACAUUUCAUAAGAUAGAUGUUGUUAAGGGAUGUUGAAUUGACAAACAAUUGACUUAAACUGAGUUAGUUCUCACCUUUUGUACCCACGACAGCCACGCAAAUUUUGUGACAUCGUGCAAAGAAAGUACUGUCCGAUAGCCUGCGGCUAGAGGAUUUUGCUAUCGGGCUAGUGACUUUUGUUCUUAGCUUGCCCGAUGGGCAAGUGAAGUUUUUUGGGAAUUCAAUUUACGGAAGGACUGUGUAUUCAAACCUGCUCAUCAAAACGCUUUUAGGGCUUGUUAAAGUGAUGUUUGGGCUAGUACAUGCUAGCUACAGCUAGCCCGAAUGGCAAGCUGUAAAACUGACUUUCUUUGCACCCUGUAAUGUUAUGUCUGUUCUUAUGUUUCUUAUCCAUGUAGGAAUAAGAAGCAAGACCCACAGAAAAAGGUCAGUCCGUUUCUUAGUGUCACUUCUGACAAUGAUUGCAGCUCUGUGAAAGAAAGAGGUGAAACAGACAGAAGUCAUGUGGGAAAAGAGAGUGAACGAGCAAAAUACCAUGACCAAAUCACGUGGGUAAAUCGUCGUGGUGAAGUUGAGAGUCAAGAAAAUUUAGCAGCUGAAUUAGUUGUUGCUUCAAAGAACGUGCAAGAACAGCCUGUACGCACAUCAGAAGGAAGCAGUAAAAAGAGAACCAGUAGCUCUGGUGACUUUGUCGAGGUUGAAAUCAAGGAAAGGGCUAAACAGCUUGAUGAAAAACGAGAUAUUAAUGGCAGCUUACCAUGUCAAGACAUUGUUAAUUUAAAGGAGACAAAACACGAAUGUGGCAACAGCACUCCUGUCCAAAAUCCAUCUGGCAACUUUUCUAAGAGUGGAGAAUUUGAAUUAACUGAUAAUGAGGAGAAUAAAACUGUUAAUGAUAUGACUAAACAGGGAACAGUUACUGUUGUCAGUGACAAAGUUGACAGUUUAAAGUCGUCCAGCUCAAUUACGGCAAAUUUAAAACGUCCGAGAUCCAAUUCAGAGUCUGAUUCAGAAUUGCCGCCUUCUUUACGGUCGCGGUUAGCCAAGAAAGCAUCUCUUAAGAGACAGAAGACUGUGAAUGUAAAUCAAGAUAAAGGCAAGAGCAAAGAAUCUGGUGCAGACAGUGCACUGUUUGUUGAAGAUAAUGAUUUUGAGACGCCAAAGGUGAGACGAAAUACCGAGAAGAGAACAGGAUCGGAUCUGUCUGAUGAUCAAGGAGUCUGCUCGCGUAUGUCAACAUGUGAACAAUCAGGAUCAAGUACCAGUGUGGAAAAGGAGUUGAGCUACAAGAGAAGAAAAGCUAGCAGGACAAAUAUAACCUCUGAAGCUUCGUUGAAAAGUCAGACUAAUAAACCAGUCAAAAAGAAGCUUAAGAAACGGCAAGUGACGACUUCCAGUAAAGCUACAAGCGAUAUUUUAGAGGGUUAGUAAUGUUACAUUAGAAGCCAGAGCUAGACCACAUUUCGCAGGAAAUUGAGUAUUGUGAGAAUGUAAUCCACUUACAAUAGCACUAGCGGAGUUAUUGUGUGUAAGAUUUUCGAGGCUGCUCUUAGCGGCUAUUUGCGCACGUCAGGGCGACAUUUUUGACCAGUGGUCGGAUUUAGACGUAAGAGGUGAUUAUUAACAUUGCAAUUUUAUUGUUGUAGACACACGCUGAAAUGUUGUGCCCAACGUAUUGUUAUCACCGUUGCAUCGACACACCAAUUGCUGGAGAAUGAGCCUUAACGUGUUGCAGACGAAAAGAGAUCAUUUCGAUCCAGCAACAACUGCAGGGGUCCGCACAAAAUCUAGUAAUGCAAUGCAUUUCGGCAAUUUUGCACGUUAUGUCAUAUUUUGUGUCCUGGUCUAUAACUAAACUUGCAGUUUUGUUCUAGCAAACACAGUCUUGCUUUUUGAAUUUUUUUUUCUUACAUAGAUGAGGAGCCCGGUUCGAGUCCAUUGGAACCAAUCACGAUUGAAGACAGACCUCCUGUUGUCCUCAAUGUCAGGUAUUUCUUUUCUUAGGUUAUGUGAUCAACGUCUAUUGUGAAGAAUUUAUUUUUCAAGCACCCUAUGUCACUUAAGCGCUUAUUCGAGAAAACUCUUUAUAGUAUACCUCUUAUUACAUUUUACUGGCUUUUUCGUCGAGAUAGACGCACUUGUUGCGGCAGAAUUGUAUGAAAAAAAAAAUCUUUUUUAUUUCAUCCUCAGUGCGUACCAGGAGUUCCCGACCGGAAAUCGAGGGAGCUUCAACGAAGGCAAUGAAAACGUCGCUAAAAAUUGAAUGUGCGUCCCAGUUUCAACCUUUGUUGCUUCUAUUUGGACCCGCUCAAUUUGUCAAAUGUAGCCGACUUUUUCUGGAGUUGAAUUCUUAAGGAGUUUAUCCAAGUUCAAAAAAGGAAAGGAAAAUUCACCGUCGUAUGUUCACGUCCUCCAUAAAACGUCGCAAUAGCAGGUUUCACGUCGUAGUAGCAAAGCUGUUGCUUUGCUCAGGAAACCAAUUGGUUUUUGAGGUUGUCGUGGUGGUGGUGGUUGCUUAAGCGCUCUAAUUAACUUAUCACAGCACAACAAAUGACUUCUUAAACCAUAUAAUAAAUGGUUUAUUAUACCUAUAUUUCUUCCAUAUUUUGUUCAUUACAGUACCAUUGAGGAACUCACUGAAGACCAAACCGAACGGCUGGUGUGGGAAUUUGCAAGUGAAAUCAGGGAAAUAUUUGAGGGCAAGGUAAUAUAUAGUUCAUUUUUGGUUCUUGACGGAAACAGUUUUUUUUUCUUCUGAAGUCCUGAUGUUUCCUGAGAAAAAGUUUAGAAGUCAAACAAAAUUUAACUUUUAAUUUAGAACUAAUUUAGAACGAACAAGUGAGAGGCAUCUUGAACAGUUUAAUGAACGGGACAAAAUUAGAGCUGGAUACGCAGAGUUAAAUGUGCUUCAGUGUUGUAAGAAUUGAUCCGUGGUUCGUAAAGGUGAACACAACAAACUGAUUUUCCUAUAAAAGUGUAAUAUUUACUGUUUUUCUUAUAAUUUCCUCUCCUUUUGUAGAGAUUUUCUCGACGUCAUGAAGACUAUAAGAAGGGCGGGCGUAUGAAAGGUAAGACACUUGUUUUUAAUCAAAAUGUACGUAACGGGAAAUUAAAAACGUGACAAAACAAUACAUUGAAACUUGUUAGAGUAAGAAUUCAUGAAGUACAAAUGAGAUCAAGUUCUGUAGUACCUUUGCAGUUAUUAUUGGGGAAGAGCAAAGCGUUUCGAAAAAGAUUGUCCACAAUUCCGAAAAACCUUCAUAUGACUUGCUGCUUCCCCUCGCUCGUCCCUCCUACCAGUAGCGAGAAACUGAUAGGGUGCCUUGAUUACCUCUUUUGACAGACUAGGGUUAAAUCAACUUUAAACUUUUCUCUACGCUGUCUACAUCCCUUUUGCGAAUCGUAGAUCGUUAAGGAAAACGCAAAAGGUAGAACGCGCCCGAUGAAAGGUGGCCUGGGUUGACUAUGACUUCUUUCUUUGGUUUGUGAGGGUGUCUACCUGACCUUGACCUUGUCCUUAUGUUGUAGGAGAUCUAGCAUUCCAAGUACAGUUUGGCCAGUUUUCUGAGGAGCAGCGAGACAGAAUCAUGGAGGUGCUAACGGCUAUGUUCUGUUACAAGCACAGCAAGGUACAACAAUUAUACUGUAAACUCAGAUGAUCUGCAGGUAUUAUCCAAAUCAUAAUAAACAAAAAAUUUAGCAGGCUUAAACGAGGAAGAGGAAGGGGGAAUGGCAGGCGCUUGAGAAGGGGGAAAAAGAGAUAUUCAGUUCCGGCUAUCCCCCCCCCCCUCCCCUUGGCCGCACCCCAAGGAGAAUUCCUCUUUCCCCUUCCCCUUUUAACGCCUGCCACGCAUUCGCAGACUACGAAAAAUCCGCCAAAUUGCUUUUAGUAACGAAGUAAUGAAACUGUGCUUUCAGAACGAUAAAUGUAAGCUUCCCGUUUCUGGAAGCGGAGGCACAGAACCACAGAUCUGGCGGCCAGGGCUCGAGUCUUUAAACAUAGAACAGCUCCACGGUAUAUCUUCUUCCAACCAGAUGUAUAAAUGGCAACCUCGUCCCCAGGGCGCUUUUUCCUGGGAAAAGAGCCCUCGGGACGAGGUUGGUAUAAAUGGAUCUCAGUGCCUAAAAGAAUGAGUCAGUCUGUUUAAAAAAAUAUAUCCAUUUUCAAACGGAAAAGGAUACGUUUCGUGGACGAGCGGAAGUGAUUCGAAAAAGAUACGUGUGUACGCAAAUAUUUUUGAAUCGGCAAAAAUAACUUCUGGAUUCUAAAAAUACGGAUACGCGUAGACGGGACCCCGAUUACAGAUUGCUUUGCCUGUCAGGUGUGAUUGUGUUUUAUUCUUUUUCUCGCUAGUACUUUGAUUACGUCAGCAAAGUACUUCUUCCGGAGACUUUGGUGAUGAUUUAUAUGAAGGUCAUGGGUAGAACUCAUAAUGAGGUACGUAUUGAUAGCCUGCGCGCAGAGGUU